UCCCCCAAAAAAAAAUUCAAAACUUUUUUUCCUUUUCUUCUACUCACUUUCUUUUACUCAUUCUACAAAGCUUGACCUAAACGUUUGUCAUGUCGCUUAUUUAUGGUUUGGUAGCCCGUGGUUCUACCAUUCUGGCAGAACAUACCAACAGCACCGGAAACUUUGGCACAGUAACGCAAGCCAUUCUGGAAAAGAUUCCACCCAACAAUUCUAAGCUUACUUAUGUCUACGACAGAUACCUGUUUCACUAUAUUUGCGAGGACGGGCUGACGUACAUGUGUAUGGCUGACGAUCAGUUUGGCCGACGUAUUCCAUUCACCUUUUUACAAGAUUUGAAGGACCGAUUUCUUUCGACUUAUGGAAAAGAGAGAGCAUUGCAAUCGCCACCUUACGGUCUCAAUGAAUUUGCACGAGUCAUUGCCAAACAAAUGGAAUAUUUCUCUGCGCAUCCAAGCUCAGAUAGACUAAAGCAAGUGCAUGGUGAAAUCGAGCAAGUCAAAGAUGUGAUGGUGCACAAUAUUGAACGAGUAUUGGAGAGAGGCGAACGCAUCGAUUUGCUCGUGGAUAAAACCGAUAAUUUGAACCAACAAGCCUUUGCUUUCAAGAAGCGCAGCACGCAGUUAAAGCGAGCUAUGUGGUGGAAGAAUACCAAACUCAUGUGCUUGAUUGCGUUGGCUUGUUUUUUGAUUGCUUACUUUAUCGCCGCAUCUGUGUGUGGCUUCCCUGCUUUCGGAGCUUGUCGAGCUUAAAUGCAGCCUCAUCGGAAAAUGCCAAGUGUUUCUUUGCAGCUUUUGCUUUGUAGGUCCAUCUCAGUUCUCCGUUGCCUCUCCUUUUCUCUCCUAUGUAUUUACCCAACCUUUGCGCUCUUUCCAACCUUUCUAUCCCCUAUUCGAUGAUCAAAGCUUUACUCUCUAGUUCUGUUUUACGUGAUAAACAUUAUAUAUCGGAUGUGUGCCAUCCGUUGGUCUGUUUA